AUGAUUGAACAAGCCCUCGACGAUAAUAUAUCCGAAAACGAUGACGAAGAAAGUUUUUUCCAAGAUGUAGAUAUCUUGCAGAAACAUGGGAUAAAUGUGGCUGAUAUAAAAAAACUAAAAGGUGCUGGUAUAUGUACAAUAAAGGGCAUUCAAAUGUCUACAAAAAAGAAGCUAUGCAAUAUUAAAGGAUUUUCAGAAACAAAAGUAGACAAAAUAAAGGAAGCAUGUUUAAAAGUGGUCACUCUUGGAUUUAUGACAGCACUGGAAGUUAGUGAGAGGCGUAAACAUGUCUUUAAAAUAAGCACUGGUAGUAUUGAACUUGACAAACUCUUAGCUGGGGGUGUUGAAUCUAUGGCUAUAACUGAAGUAUUUGGAGAAUUUAGAACUGGUAAGACGCAGCUUUCUCAUACUUUGUGUGUCACGUCGCAAAUUCCGAAUGGCUCUGGCUACCAUGGCGGGAAAGUCAUGUUUCUUGAUACUGAGCACACUUUUCGACCUGAUAGACUCCGUCCGAUAGCCGAUAGAUUCAAUUUGGACCAAAAUGCUGUCUUAGAUAAUGUCCUGUAUGCACGAGCGUACACGUCUGAACAUCAGGCCGAGUUAUUAGACUUCGUGGCGGCGAAAUUUCACGAAGAGGCCGGCGUUUUCAAACUUCUCAUUAUCGACUCGAUAAUGGCUUUGUUUCGAGUCGACUUCUCAGGACGCGGAGAACUCGCCGACCGACAGCAAAAACUAGCCCAAGUUCUAUCAAGACUACAAAAGAUUUCAGAAGAAUACAACGUAGCAGUGUUCAUUACGAACCAGAUGACCUCGGACCCAGGUGCUACCCUAUCAUUUCAAGCUGAUCCCAAGAAGCCGAUUGGUGGGAAUAUCUUAGCUCACGCCUCAACCACAAGAAUUUCCUUGCGAAAGGGGCGCGGUGAAAACCGAAUAGCUAAAAUAUAUGACUCUCCAGAUUUACCAGAAAGCGAAGCUACAUUUGCUAUUACAAGUGGGGGAGUUGCUGAUGCUAAAGAUUAA